CCGGGCGGUGCGUGCCGUUCCGCUCCGCUGGGGGCGCCGCCCGGAGCUACGAGGGCUCGGCUGUUACCGCAGCGAUGGUCCGCGUGCCGUCGGGCCGACAGCGGACGCGAACCGCAGCGACGGCGGGUUGCGUGAUCUCUGGGCUUGUUUCGCUGCCCGCUGCUUACAGCGAGCUGAAGUUGGGGAGUGCUCCCUUCCGGCACCUCUGCGGCGCUCCGCCAGCUGUUAGCUCAGAGCGGAGAUUUGCUUGCUUUGUGGUGCCCUCUGCUGCAGCGUUCCUACCGAGAGGAGCUGCUCAGAGCCACCGGCUCGCUGUCACACCGCUGGUCUCCACACCUGACCUGCGUCCCCGUCGUGCGGCACGCCUCAGCUUUCCCCGCUCUUUACAUCAGUUUAGCCCCGAUGUCCUCGCUUUUCCCUCCCCACCCUUUAUUGGAGCAGUCUGUGCCUCCAAAUGGAACCUGAGCCUGGGCAAAGAGUGCAAAAGCACAUUGAGGUCCCCAGGCAGGUCAGCUCUGCUGACAACUUGCAACGCAUGGGGGUCAGUGAAAAGCUGCUGUCUGAACAAAAAGGCAGCGGUUCCUGUGAGCACAGCGGGAAUCCUUUCAGUGCCUUUGGACACACACUCAGACCUCUUUUCUAAGCACUCUUUACCAACCUCAGCCCUAACUGGUGCUGCUCAGAUGUGAGGAGGAACAAAUAGCCAGAGUGACGGCCUGGGAGGAAGAGGAAGGCAUGCUCUGCAGCACAGGAGGAAAUGGGAGGUGAAGGCAUGCAGCCACCUCCCAAGGAACAGACCCGGCAGAGCUUACCUGGGGUGGUUCUGUCUGCAGGACUCAUUGUUAUCAACUCAGGUGGUUCCACACCACCACAGCUUGAGCUCCAGCAUCCUGCACAAAGAAAGGCCUCAAGUAGAGUCAUUACCUAAUUGUGAUGACGUAAUUAUAAAGCUCCAGUUAUUAGGAAAUAAUGAACAACCUUGUUUUGCCUUUUAAAAAGGUUUGCCACGUUUCAACCUCUUGAUAAAAGAAAGCAAAGGGGAGACAGCCACUAUGUCAGUUCCUUUAUAUUCAUCAUCCAUGAAAGCACAGCCCUUGGAGUGCCCUAAAGCACAUUCAAAGACCUCAAGCAACCAAAUUAAAGCAGAACUUAUACUUCAUUAUAACACUCUAUGAUCUGCGCUCCAUAUUAACUUCCAUCUUCUCCCUUGCCAGCUAUUUGUGAUCUUUCCAAAGGUCUCUUGCUCCCACCACAGUAUAAAUAAAUGAGCCUGCACUGUGCUGGCAGGCACGGGGUUGCUGCAUUACAGCAGUGCAAGAUGGUGUGUUACACCCCAGCGUGUUCCCAACUCAUCCCAACUCUCCUGAAUCACACUGCAGGAGCUCUGCAUUGCACUGUUCAUCCCAGGAGGUGGCUGUGCUGUCCUGGAGGAAUAAAACAGGAUAUGAAAAUUAAGCACAGAUUAAUGAAUGGAGGAGGCAAAGGUCAUCAAGUGCUCGUGCUCAGAGGACUGGAGAUCAGGAAGCAGGUUGUAUUUGCCAUUGAAGCAAUUUCAAGGCAUUUUCUGAGGAGCUGUUAUUCAAGUUGUCUGCUUUUUGAAAUAUGGUCAAUCCAGUGCAGUUAAGAAGAGCUUUCCUGAGUGAAGUACCCACAACUGAAUGAGUUCUGAUAGUCUAUGCAUUUGUGCUGGCUGAAGACACGUUGCAAAAGCGUUGUAUUCUGCUACAAAGGGUGUUGCUGACCACCAUCCAUUGAUUUAUUUUCUCUCGACUCCAAAAAUAACAAAAAAAGAGAAGAUAAGAAAAGUAUCUUGCAAUCACAACCAGCUCUUGGUUUGUGCUGCCUUGUGCUGGAGCUGCCAAGGGUAGCAAAGCUGCGCUGCUCACUUAGGCCUGCCAGAGAUGUUCGUCCAGAUCAGGCGCUCACACAGCAGUCCUGUUGCUCAUCCUGAAGGUUCUGCAGUUCUCCCUGAGCCCAAAUCUGGAUUUUCUGGUUUUCAGAUGCAAGUAGAACUGCUUGUAUAGAGACAGAGAUUCAUUUUUAAGCCUUCUCUGUAUGUCACAAAGAAGCAAAGAUGAACAGACAUUGAUGUUUAAUAACUACUCCUUUUUUCUUUUCUAUUACAAGCAAUCUUUGCAGUCCUGAUUUAAGACAACAUAACGUUCUUGCUUGACACUUGCUUAAAUCCCAUUAUGCCAGGUGCAUUGAGUGCCAUUCAUUAAGAGCCCUUUUCCCUGACCAUGCAGCACAGGACAUUGCAGGAGGCUCACACAGGCUGAUCCCCAACAGCUGCUGGGAUCCCUGAGCCUCAGGUCAGAUGCAAAGAUCCAUGGCAUAAAGGAAACUCCACCACUUGAAGGAGAUUCCAAGGCACUGCAGCAGUGCUGAUGCUUGGCUCUGGCUUUCAGCUGUGCUGUGAGAAUCCUUGGUCCUCCAAUCCAGGUGGUGCAGAUAAACACAACCCUCUCACAUUCUGCAACGCAGGCCAGAGGAAACAGCUUGUUGGUAACUGUUUCAUGCAGCACUUCCCCCUGGGUAGCCUUACAAAUCAAAUGGUUUGGGGUAGUUUAUAGCAGCAUAACCACCAAGAACCUCAUUCGUAUGGGACUUAGAAGGCUUUCCUACAGAAGUGCUGUCAUCUUCCUGAGCCUGAAGAAGGGUCAGUGGGAGUUGUGGUCCAUUUCCUGACUGAUCCCAGCAGUGUGGCUGGGAUGGCUGGAAACAGACCCCAGAUUUUCCUGCUUCUUUGCACUGAAGGGCAGCAUUCCCACACUGCACCUCUGCCAGGUUUGCAUCGCUCUGCUGGAAUGACAGUGCAGUUGCUUCUGGCAGAACCCACCAAGUUUAUGGGCACCACCUGAAAAAUGGGAUGUUUGGGGCAGGUCAUGCCACCACCUGUGUGGAAUAAACAAUGUUUUAUAACCACAAACUCUGAGACGUGAAUAGCUGCAUCUGAAUGGCUGAGAUCCUGGUGUUACAGCUGAACCUUGCUGCCUUUUAUCUGCAAACAGCCUUCGCCCCCACCACUCCCCAGACUUUCGCUCGCUUGUUUAUCCAUUGAAGGUUACUGCAUUUCUCCAGAGAACAAAGGAGGAGCUGUUUCCCCCUCACAGUGCAUGCUCUUUGUUUACAUGAAAAUAUCAACAGUGAAACUGAAAAACGGUGAGCGCUGUCAUUCUGUUGUUCUGACUUCAUUUCAGGGAAAGUCAGCUCUCCUGGAGGUAGAAAUGCCAUUGGCAGCCAGCACAGCCAAAGCUCGCCUUCCUGCAAAGCAGCAGAGCCACAUCCAACUGCAGCUGCCCCACACAUCCCCCCUUCCUUCCUCCUUUGCUUCCCCCAUAGCACUUCAUCUUCCUGGUGGGAAGGAGCAGGACCUGAGAUGCUGUCUCCUUCAGUUCUGAAGUGCCACAGACAUUCCUUUGCUGCGAUGCAGUGCUUUAUCUCCCAGUUUGCUUCCAGGGUUUGUGUGGUGUGAAUACUUGCAGCCACGAGGCCAUUGCCCUCCUCACCUGAGGGGGUGGCAGACUCAGCCUCAAAUGAAUCGUGGGUUUCUGUACAUUGCUUUUGUCCCAGCCAGUAAAUCUGAAAUAUCAAGACAUGUAACAGUUGGCUUGAAAUCUCCUGAAAGCAGCCCACAGAGAUCCCUAAAUAGCCUCACACAAAAUAUUUGCUUUAUAGGUUUUUGGUGGCAUAAAAGAAGCAGCAGAACUUCUCGUGGUUUUUAAGGCUGGCAGUUCCAGAUGAUGGGUAAGCAAUGCCCACAGUGCUCUGGGCUCAUUUAUUAUCUAUAUUAAUUACAUUCAUUCAAACAGCUUAACUUCUGCUGUAAGUUAAGGAAAUGCCUUAUUAAAAAAAGCCUAUCCUUCAGAACUGUUUUCUCCCCCCCUUCUUGCUCAUUGUCAGGUAUGAACUCUACUCCCAGUGCACAGCUGAAGGUUUGCAAUGCCAGCAUCAGGGACUGCUGAGAUUCUUUUAUGCCUGCAAGAGAUUCCAGUAAGAAAGAACGAUUAACGUUGAAAUCAAGCCAUAGCAAUUCAUUUUGGGAUGCUCAUUAUUAGCUCUCUGCAGUAGGCAAGGCAGAUCUGCAGGGAUGCCAUAAGCUGGAAAGCGUUGCUAAUACAGUGAAACCCCCCACACGAGCAGCUCUCUCAGCAGAGGGCUACUGCACAGCCGCAUCUAAAGGCAGUAAUGAGAGGUGUGCGAUGCCCACAGAAGCACUGAAUUGCUCUGAGCAGCACAAGGACCGCGUGCCAUUGUGUGACAGAACACUGAAGCAGCACAACGAUUUUGAGGAGCUGGCACUGAGCCAGCUUGUGAGCAAGAGAUAAAAUAGCUUUUUGGAGAUGUGCACGCAAGGAUGGAGCCGGGAGGGGAAAGGCUGCCAAGGGAAGGACUGAGCAAUCCCUUCCACCACCACAAAUGGGUGCGGAGAGGCAGGAAGGAGGGAGGUGCGCUGCGUGGAGGCUGCUGCACCUUGAGCCGCCUUCAAAAUGGAGAUUUGGGCACAGGCUGAGAUUCCAUUUCAGUCGAACUCUAAGGCAGGGAGAACAAAAGCCUGUUUUCUGUUUUUCUCAUCCAUCCUGACGCAGAGAGCUACUUUCAUCUGUCUUUGUGCCGCGCUGACUCUGCUUGCUUUGUGUUCUCUCUCUUGCUGUUUUCCUAGACAAACUGUUCAGUCACUCAGGAAUUGAUUCACUGAUCUCAAUCACAACACUCAGCAGAGGAGAAAACAAGUUAGUGCCUGAGCGUUGUCCCUGCAGCAGGGCUUCAGCCCUCCUCCUCCUCCUGGGGAAAGGCGUUUCUCUGGGGCUUCUUUUCUUCUGUAGAGCUGAGAACAAUAAUUACAUUAAGAGAAGUUCUUAAGCAGAAGUAACUGAUAUGGCAGCACAGUCAGACAGUUCUCUGUAUGAAAAGAGAACACCUCCCCUCUGUCAGAUGCACACAAGUAGGCGCAGGCAUGCUGUGAAGGUUUCAUCAGUGAUACAGUUGCGCGUGUUGUAGUAGGUAUUAAGCAGCCAAAAGAUAAACACACAGCAGAGAUACACUCAGACACAUAGUAGCACACGCUACAGAACGUAUUUCAGAGCGCAGAGCCAUCCACCCAUCCUUUUGCUCCCAUUCGUGCCGGGCGCUGUCACGGAGCCACAGACGGGCGCUGCUCCGGCAGAAUCUUUGGGGAGCAGAGCUGCAACCGCUGCUCAGAGCCGCACCAACAGCCAACGCCGAGCCCCAAACCACCGUUGUAGAGAGCUGAAAGAGGAACCAGCCGAUGGAGCGUUGGGUGAGAAACCCGAGUGCACCUCCUCCUGCAACACAACGAACACAGCGGGACGCGCGGCUGCGCUUUGCUGCUGCGGGAAGGUGACGUCUGUCACAGCCCGGGGAGUGGAGAUGGGGACAGACGAGGGGGACACACUGCUUCCCCGAGCAGCCGAGGCUCCUUUCUCCCCCAGCCCCUCCAGCUAAACACGCGGCUCCAGAAACUCUGCGGUUAAAUACUCCAGCAAACAAAGUUGGCCCCGAGAGCCCGGCUGCCGCGUCCAACCCACACUUGGGGGCGGGAGGAGGAGAGCGGCGGAGGGAGCCGGGCCGUCCCUGCCCCUCACCUGCCCCUCACCCCGCACCUGCCCGGGAGCGCCGGCAGCGCAGCACCGCCCCGCGGGGAGGAGAGAGGAGGGAGGCGCGGCCGAACCGCCCCGCUCCGCUCCCAUCGACGGAGGCGGCGGAGCGGGCGGCUCCAUCACCUCGGCCCGCAGGUGCGCGCUGCCCGCCGGUCCCGGCAGCUUCGUCUCGGGGGGUUCGAGCGGCGGAGCGCUGCGGGCGGCGGCGGCCCCACCUGUGGCUGCGGGAUGGCGGAGCUCGCCCUCGGCCGCGCCGCCGUGCUGGGCUUCCUGCGGGAGCGCGGCGGGUGGGCGAGCAACGCAGAGCUGCUGAGCGCCUUCCGGCCGCUGCUGGAGGCCGGCGGGGACGCGUCGGAGCGGGCGGAGCGGCGGGAGCGCUUCAAGGAGGCGGUGAACGCCGUGGCGGUGGUGAAGGAGCGGCAGGGCACCAAGUUCGUCGUGCUGCGGAGGCACCUGCGGCCCGGCCCGCCCCCGGAGCAGCGCGGGGAUGGAGGUUCCGAGCCCCCGUCCGAGGAGCGGCUGUCCUCGCCGUCCCCUGAGGAGCUGCCGUCGCCUCGGGCCGUGUCCGAGCUCCGCGGGCUCUUCCAGGCUGGAGGCGGCGGGGUGCCGCUGCCCGCCGGCGGGGCAAACGCCCGCAGGGAGCCGCCCCCCAAGCCCUGCAUGCUGCCGGUGCGCUGCGUGCCGGCCCCGGCUGCUCCCAACUCCGCUGCAGCUUCGGGGCUGUCCGAAAUGCCGGAGACAGCCGCAUCGCCCUUACCCGAUGAGGAGGACGGCGGGUGCCACUCGCCCAGCCUGCGCCGGGUCCCCAAGAAUCACCGGGCCAGUGAGGAGCUGACAGAAGUGCCGCUGGAGGAGGCUGAGCACCGCUGGCUGCUGAUGGCGGCUGAGGGGCAGUGGUCCCAGCAGCUCCACGGGCUGCUGUUGGGUGAUGCCAGCCUGGCGGCCCGCAGGGACUUCAUCUCAGGCUUCACCGCCCUGCACUGGGCCGCCAAGAACGGCAACUGCGACAUGGUGAGGAACAUCAUCGACGUAGCAGGGAAGGAAGGGGCCCACGUCAACGUGGACGCCAGGUCUCACGGUGGCUACACGGCGCUGCACCUCGCUGCCAUGCACGGCCGGGACGCCGUCAUCUCCGUGCUGGUCCGCAGCUACCAUGCCAAGAUCGACCUGAGGGACUACAGCGGGAAGAAGCCACACCAGUACUUGAAGGAUGGGACCUCUGUGGCAGUCAGGCGCCUACUGGGGGACCCUACACUCCAACACCCCACAGGACCCGCGGUGCCCAUCAAGAAGAGCACCAAGAUCGCUGCGUCCAUCCUGAGCUCCACCAGCACUUUCCUGGGGGUCAUAUCCGAUGACAUGGCUUUCUACGAUCUCACCAAAGGUUUGAGGAAGCCUUCGUCCUUGAACAAGCUGCUGACUGCCACCACAGGCCCCAGGAGGAAGCCGAAAACCAGAGGGGGAUUUCCUUCAUACUGCUCGCUCUCCGAGGUGGUGGAGGAGGAGGAGCAUGAGGAGGCUGUCAUGAAGCGCAGGCCGGUUUCUGAGCUGUUCUUUGGCCAUUAGGCUCUGCCUUCCUGGGGUCACAAUCGUUCAGUAGCGUGACUGGGGAGCUUGGUUUUCUCUCACAGAAGUCAAUGGGAUUUCUUCUCCCCGUGUCUUUCUUUUUGGAAGUUUAACUGAAUGGCAGAUGGGGUCUGGCUCCACAGGUCACUGGAUGAAGCCCAGCUCUCAGAAGCUUGAGGAGAGGGAGCUGCCCUGUGAGCACUGCAGUGCCAUAGGCACCAGCACACCAAUGACGACCACAAACAUCACACUUCAUGGCUGAAAAGCUGGAACAACGUCUGUGUGUAGACAGGCUAUCAAUGUCUUAAGGUACAGCUUCUUGUUCUGCAUUCCUCAGCUGAAGAGCUGCGUGUUUUACACUGUGAACAGCACGCUGGUAGCUGGCUGCUUUAACGUGGCUUGUUCUACAGCAGGCUGAAAUUAUUACGAGAAAGACGCAUGGUUUUCUAUGAUGAUUCUGAUUGUUUUGGUAACAGAAGAGGAAACUUUCUAUUUUAAAAUUGUGCAUUUAGUUUUUUCAAAACAAAGUUUCUCACUCUCAGAAAUACUAACAUGUCUUUAUUGUCGCCUAAAGCAUUUUCCUUGGCAGGGUUAAAAAGGAAAAAACCCCAACCCUUGUUGCUCUGUCUCCAUGAUCUGUCUACCUCAGUCCGAAGCUCGGUUUGCAUUUCUCUUUGUGUUCCCUUCCCGCAGGACUUUGCCCAGGUGGUGCCGACUGUGCCUCGAUACUGUCAGCAUUUGGCUGCAGUUCAGUGGCUUCAUCUGAAUGAACACAUUUUUGAUAUCAGAUGAUAUAAUAAAAUGAAGUGAGAAAGUAGGAAUCGGAUCCUGCAGGGUAUCUGAGCAGCACUGAGGCUGCUGAGGCAGAAUUUUUUAUUUAACACUUGAACUUUGGUUUUGAGCUAUUUGGAAACAAUAUUUAUUUAAAAAACGGGCUUUGUUCUGUUGGGUGUUUCAUGGUCAAAUGUGUGCAUGGCCUCUGAAAGCAGUGUGUAUCUCAACUGCAUGAGUUGCUGAUCUGAAACUCGCUUUACUUUUUCUCCUGUAUUAUAGACGUAAUUGUUUUUCUUAAGUAGAGCGGUGUGCUUGACUUGCAGCUGGAGAGCUGUUUGGAGCUACGUCUGCAAUGAGAUUAUCGGUUUUUAAAUUACUCACUUAAAGCUGCCUUGAAAUGAAGAGGCAGAGCUGAGAGCAGCAGCUGCCUGCAGUGCUUCUGUGCUCACAACGCAGCCGCCGAGCUGUGUGAGCAGAGGUGACAGAGGUGACAGAGCUCUGCGCGUGCUCUGCUCUCAGCCCCAGUCAGGUGUUUUGGUUUCCUUGCAACACUGGUUUGCAUGCCUUGCCUUUCUUUCCGAGCCAGUGACUCCAGGAAUGUGUCUUUCAGCCUUGCUUUAAGCCUAGUGCCGUAGGACCACAUUGAAGGUGACUCCAUCUCCUCUGUGCCCCUGCCCCGAUGUGGUGCUGCCUGCAGGAGGGGCUGAGCUGCUGCUCUCACAGACAGGGAUUCAUUUGUUGUCACUCUGUUUCUGUGUCAAACUCAUUAACUGAAUGUUAAUGAUCAAGCACCUUGUGACUUAUACAUCCGGAGAUGGGUUAAAAACAAUAAUAAUGAUCCUAUUUGCUCCAUAGGUGUUGGAGUGACUGCUGACCAGUGUGGUCGUUUGAAGCCUUGGUUUUGUGCUUCAGCUCAAAUUGGCUCUUGGGCCUGCAGGAAAAUGUCUGUUUCAAUGUUUUUGUGACAUUAAACGCUUUCUUUGCUGUAGCUCUUGAAACCACAGAGGCAUUUGUGUGCAUUUGUGUUACUGCUGGCAGCUGGGGCUGCCUGGGGACAGCAUCCUGUGGCAGCUGGGAAACGGCUCCAGUUUGAGUCAGUCUUAUUUGGAAGUUUGUCUGCUAGUUGUGCCUGCGCCCCUGGCUGUGCCUCUUCAUAUCACACCACUGAACCUUUAGCGCUUCUUUGGUGUAAAUCCAACCUGCAGCAGAAGCAAGGCACAAAGAUGGAGCGUUUUCAGUUUUAAAAGCCAACAACCAGUACAGCUCGGUUGCAGCUACACCAUGAGGAAAGCAGGGGGCUGCUUCAAAGCGAAACCAAGAAGUCACAGCUGAGAUAACUGACUUCGCUGCAGCACAUGCCAGCCAGGAAGCUCUGCAGUAUUCUUUGCUGUGAGGUGCUGCAGUUAGCUGGUGCUGGUGCUGUGCCCAAACCCGUGGCCCUGCAGUGCACCCAGCAGAGGUUGCGACACACGGAGCUCACAGGGCUGGGUGCUGCCAGCACCUCUGUGCCGUGACGCAGCUCACUCCUCGCUGAGAGAUGGGGGAGGAGGUGGUGUUUGGGCAGGCUGUGCUGGGCGGUGCUGUAGGACUUCAGGUGCAAACAAAUCCUCAGAAGUACAGAGAACGCACUGCUGCAAUUUGACAAAUAUAGAUAUGUUCAGCUUGCAGCAAAACCAGUUCUUCAGCUUCUCUGGGUCCUGGUUUUGUAUGUUGCUGUUUACGCGGGAGGGGAUGUGGUACAGAAUUCUCACCAACUCAUGGGAGUAGUUUUGUGGCAGAGACUAAGGCUAAUGCUGCCCCAUGAAUCCAUCAGCUGACUCAAUUCACCUUGCGUUCUGCUGUUUCAAUCCCAAAUCCAGCUGAAGGACUUUGGCACAAGUGAAUGGGAGCUGAGAAGCUUAACCACCAGCUGCAGGCCGGUCUGGUGAGCUGCCUGCUGUGCCAUCGCAACAAAGGGUCUGGCCCUGUCCUGCCAAGGAGAAUUUACAAGAUUUCAGCUUCUUCACAAGGCUGAGGUCCAGCAAAAGAGCAGCUCAGUCACUGCAGGCCUAAAGGGAGCAGAGCACCCAGGGAACAGCCCCCUCUGAGCUCCCAUUGCACUGUCCUUCUUCCACCAUGCCCUACAUUCCUUGGAUGCAUUCCUGACUUACACAUUAGUCUGAGCAAAAUGGCAAAGUGGUCAUUUUUGUUCUGAUGAUUGGUACUAAAGGGGGACCCUACAAAUUUGUGAGGAGGUCACUGACACAGACUUGGCUCCAUGUAGCAUGGGCACAAACAACAUGUUGUUUGUCCUCAUUCUCCCUCCCAGAGCAAAUAUAAAAGCUCUGCAGCAUAAUGAGGAACAUUCAUUUUCCAUUCCAGUUCCAAGAUUUAUUUCACUAAUUUAUAAGGCAAAUCAUUAAGCACCUCUUACCCUCAUGCUGAGCUCAGCUUGUCACUGACUGCAGUGUCUUUAUAUUUGUGUACCGCCAGGAAAACAGCACAUCACAGCCAGGGCCUGUUUUUCAUCGCCAGUGGGAAGAGCUGCAGCCAAAGCAAUGCUUCCCCUUUCCUACCUCCCUUCUCGCCUUCUCUGUCUGAGGAACAGCUGAGGAAACCCUUCAGCAGCUGGCAGGGUACAUCACAACUGCUGCAGUCACAGCAUUGAGCAGCAGUGAUGGGUGUGCAGCCCAGGAUCCAGCCACUGCUGAGCACUGCUUGCUGCAAGUGGCAGCAGCCACUGCUGCUCCUUGGGCAGUCGGUUACCAGAAGGGUUACAGCAGGAGGUGCUGUAACAGGAAGAAUUACUUUCCUCCUGCCCUUCCUUCCCCCAUCCCCCUCACCUCGAAACUCCCCAGCUGAGGUAGGAGACCUCACUGAGGAGCCAUGGAGCUUUCAUUUUCACUGAGCACAACACAGCACCCAAACACACAACGCUUGGCAAAAGCUGUGAGUGCUGUGCACACCAGGACUUUGCUGCCCUGCAUGCCAGCAGACACCAUGGCUGGCAAGCAUCUGUCCCAUAAACACCAUAUUGAAAGAGCAAAGCACAUGGAAGACAAACCAUGGCACAGAAAUUCCUGGCCAUUCAGGUGAGGUGGCCGCAUGCUGUGUGUGUGCAUGGCACCGUGCUCCCUCCAAACAGCUGCACUGCUGGCAGUAUCUCCUGUGGGACACAGACGGGCUCAGCAAGGCCACACCAAUAACACCAUCCCAGCAGCACCCUGCAGCACGUGCAGACUUGUGACCAUGUUUUCUCUUGUGUUUUCCUCCACCCGUUUCCUGCGGCCACAGCUAAGCAAAGCAGGGCAGCUGAGUGCAGGGCUUUCCAAGCAGCUCUGCCCAUCCAAG